AUGAGGUCCUUCUUCGCCAUCGCCAGCUUUGCUGGCUUAGUGUCUGCGGCACCCAAUGCACAGCCUGCUGUGAAAAGACAAAGUUCAUACGGCGCAUCUCCCCCAACAGUCACUAUCAAGAACGGCACCAUUCAAGGCUCUCACUAUGCUGCAGCUAACGAGGACUACUUCUUGGGAAUCCCUUUCGCGCAACCGCCUACUGGAGCGAAUCGAUACCGCCUCCCUCAAAGUAUCAACACUACCUUCGAUGGUGCAUUCCAGGCCACCCAAUAUGCACCGGAAUGCUAUGGCUAUGGAGGUGAUCAGAUUGGCUAUCCACAAUCUGAGGACUGCCUAUACCUCAACGUCGUCAACUUGACAUUCAUCGUGGAGAAUUCGGUCCAGAUCGGGAAGCCUAUCAUUGCAAUCUCGAUUGCGUACAGACUUGGUCCUUGGGGUUUCUUGAACUCGCGAGAGGUCAGCGAAAGUGGCAACACGAACCUUGGCCUUCGAGAUCAGCGGCUUGCCUUGCACUGGAUCCAGGAGAACAUCGGCGGAUUUGGGGACGACGCCGAGAAGGUGACUAUCUGGGGUGAGAGCGCUGGGGCUGCAUCAGUGGGUUGGCACAUCACGGCGUACAACGGUCGUGAUGACAAGCUCUUCCGAGCUGGCAUCAUGGAAUCUGGCAACCCAAUCCCGUAUAACAGCUAUUUCUCUGAUGAGCGGCAUCAGCCAAAGUACAACGACCUGCUGGAGGCUACAAACUGCACAGAUGAACUUGACACUCUGGACUGUCUGCGAUUGGUACCAGAGGCGACACUGCAGAAUAUCUUUAACACGACCAGCCUAAACUCAGGAUGGUCUCCAAUUGUAGACGGCGACUUCAUCCAACGUUGGGGCAGUAUCCAGCUUGCACAGGGCGCAUUCGUCAAAGUACCGAUCAUCGAUGGAGCCAACACGGACGAGGGGGUCUCCUUUGGACCAAGCCCGGUCGCCUCAGAGCAAGUGUUCAAAGAGCUCAUCAUCAACAACAGUGGCAACCCGCUUACUGCACACUGGGCAGACCAAGUGCUCGAGGCGUACCCACUAUCACCAGAGUAUUUUAUCCCACCGGUCGAAGAGGUACCAGCGAACUACACCUGGCCAUCGUCAUACGGAAACAGCCAGCAGUAUCGCCGUAGCGCUGCUUACUCGGGGGAUUUCUCCUUCAUCGCUAACCGUCGCGCAACAGCCGAGAUAUGGGCAGCCAACGGCCUUGCCGCGUACUCAUACCGCUUCAACACUCAACCCGCAGGCGCCAAGCCUAUUGAUGGGGUCGGCCACUUUCAGAAAGUUGCGUUCGUCUUCGACAACACCCAAGGUCUUGGCUACGAUGCGGAGCAUGGUACGACCAACCCAUUCGCCAACAGGACUAAGCCAUACUACGAACUCGCCGAGCUGAUGUCAAAGUCUUGGGCAUCAUUCAUCUACGACCUUGAUCCAAACGGCUGGAACGGGCGGGAUGGUCUCGGCUCCGGACCAGAUGCAUGGCCAAAGUACAGCCUCGAGCAGCCAGAAAACAUUGUUUUCGAUGCGAACGAGACAGGGUUGGCGGUCACGGAGCCUGACACUUUCAGAGCGGAAGGGAUUAGGUGGAUCAUCGAUCAUCAACUCGCGUACCAUAGAUAA